AUGGUAGGAAAAGAAAAUUUUGCUGCUUCCACCAGUCAAAAGAUAUUGUUAACGACUUUUUUUCUGUUUAUCAAACUUUUCGUUUUUCUGUGUUCCUAUCUUUCGGCUUAUUUUGACGACUCUCAACGUACUCCGAAUAACGCUUGUAUCGCAAGAAAACAAGAUGCAGAAGCUGCAUAUCUCGCUUUAAAAAGGUGCAACUACAAUACAACCAAAAUGGUUAUAGUUCAGUUGAUAAGUUACGAGUUAAAUACUAAUACUAUCCUCGCAAGCGAGAUACAUAAUGACGAAUAUGCUGGCACUGGCAGUUUUAUUGUUGGUACAUCAACAGCUAAUCAAAGAAUCGAAUCUUUUUGGUCACAAUUUUCAAAAGACAGACCAAGUUGGUGGAGAAAGAACCUUGAUAAAUUUGCGAUUCGUUGGAAUCAACAUCUGUUAGCACCAAGCAAAGGUGCUACUGCUCCCCGUGGAAGGCCUGAUACAUUGUACUUUGUUCCAGAAUUAUAUGGUUGCGAGUCUUUUAAAAAAACUUUAGAUCUUAAUGAGCUAGAAGAAUUUAGCCAACUAUCUGUACCAGAUCACGAUAAUGAGCCUGAAUUUAUUGAAUUUGCGAAACAGUUCUUCCAAUGGAAGGACCAGAUUCAGUCUGGGAAAUUUUCGAGCUUAUGGAAGAAAAGUGUUUCGCACUUGGCGAAGAAAAGUAACCAAUCAGGAAACUCGUUUGCGACCCAGCAUAAUCUUCAUAAUUUAAUUAUUGCCAUUCAUGGUGAGAAAGAUUACUUCUCCUGGCUACAUAAAAGAUUUAUGGUUUGCAAUAAGCAUUUUAGAAUUCCGAAUAUUUUGAAUCACGAAAAAAUUUGUCACACAUUGAAAGUUUUAAAGGAUAACAUUACAUCGACGAGCAGUCAGUCUUUCAGUAGCUUUCAAGGAGAGAUGUCGUUGGAUAUAAAGACAACUGCGUUUCUUUUUUCAAUUUGUUUACCUUUGGUUAAAGCUGGUAUAUACGUACAAGGUGAUGAAUUACCUAAUGGCAACAUAACAAAAUAUUUGAAGGGUAAGACUGAAGUUAGUUGUCUGUUGGAAUGUGAAAGAAGCGAGCAGUGUGACACCAUUUUAUUCAAGCAAAAGAAUAAACAGACGAGAAGCGGAUAUUGCUGGUUUGUUAAAAAGAAAAACACAACAGAUGUAAAAAAGAAGAUGGAUAACAGCUCUGCUAAGAUCUUUAAAAAGCUACCAUCUACAUGUGCAGCUGGACCUCCGUGUAAAUAUAAACAAUGUGUGGAUAUAUAUGCUUCCAAAGGAUACAGAUGCAAAUACAAAGAUGACUGGAUACUGCUACAACAGAACGUCUGCUUUGGAGCACGUGCAAACGAAUUUGGAACAUUUACAAUACAGCAUGAAGCAGUCAUGACCGGUAUGAAGCUGGUCCAUGUUGGUGGAGUUGGUCUUCAAUGCGUUGAUACAACACCAACAAAAUGGGGAUGUAACUCAACAUUCCAUCUUGGGUAUAAAAUGGAAAAUGUCAUGACUCUCGUUACAGAUGUUGAGAACAAGAUAAUUUACCCAAAUAUCAAAUACCAUAUUGAAAAGUAUGGUUAUUUGUUGCCAGGAUACAAUGCUAACUCUCCCUACCUUAUUUUUAACUCACGUAACUACACUCUUCACCAAGGACAGGAGUUAAGAAUACAAUAUGGCGAGACUUUGUAUAUUACUCCUUUGUACAAUAACAAAGGUGUAUCUUGUGCCGAUAUAUAUGCAAAAUUUGCUGAUACGUAAGACAUUUUAAGCUGAAAAUUUCUUUUAAUAUGUUACAGGGUAUAAUCGUUUCUAUAUAAAAAAGGUAUAUAUGGAUAAUAGGUUUGAGAACCUUUUGAACAUAAACAACCGCGUACGUGUCUUCUUGGAGGAACCUGCAAGGUGUCAUCAUGUAAAAAAACGUCAACUUUGAAUCAAUAGGCGAGUAAUAAGUUUUGUUGAUAAAAUUUCGCAUAUGAUGGGUUUGUUGUAUAUUUAGAUAUAUAGUAUGUAUGUACACUUGACGAAUAUAUAAUUUAUACUUCUUUCAUUUUGUAAAUCUAUAUAACCAUAGCGUUACAACAUUAAGUUUUGCUUGUUGUUGACGCGACUUUUUCACAAUUUUUUUUAUUUACCAAGUCACACAUAAAGUGUUAAUUUACUUCGCAGUAAUAAACAUCAUUGUUGUUUGGUGUUUUCAAUUCUACUCGCCUCGUUUACGCAUGAACCCUGGCAUGAACCGUUCUAAUUCUGAUAACAUUGAAAUCGACUCAGACAAAAUAGCGAGUCUGUUGACAUCAAAAAAUUUUUGGCACCUAAUACUGUUGCAGCAACAAUCUGUUUUUCGUGUAUCUUAAUAAUAUGGACGUUUUUUUUGUUAUUUUUAUUGAUCUCGUUAUAUAACCAAUAUAUAAUCAUGCACAAAAAGAAA